AUGACGACAAAGGACCCAGUAGCAAAUAUCAACAUCGGAGACAAAGUGACCGGAAGUUUCAUUGUGCGCAAGAAGUUAGGCGAAGGGAGCUGUGGUUCGGUAUGGUUGGUGGAAACGAUACAGGGAAAUCCGAGUCGUUACGCAAUGAAAGUUGAGCCUCAUCAGAAAUCGAAAGACGAGGAAAUUCUGAGGAUGGAGAUGUACGUGCUAAAGAAGAUGCAAUUCAGCAAGCACAUUUCGAAAUUCAUCGCAUCGGGAACCCAAGGAAAUUACAGUUACAUGAUCAUGUCGCUGUUGGGUAAAGAUCUUGUGGACAAUCGUCGCAAAUGUCCCGGAAGAAAGGUAUCACAUGGCACGACUCUUCGUCUUUCACUCCAAGGAGUUCAGGCACUUGAAGACUUACAUAAAACCGGCUUUGUUCAUCGUGAUGUAAAACCGUGCAAUUUUGCGAUUGGCAUAAAGAAUAAGAAAAUCCUUGUUCUGUUUGAUUUCGGAUUAUGUCGCCAAAUUAUGUUGCCUGACAAAGUUGGUCGUUUGAGGCUUCGCGAGCCAAGGGCCAGGGUAUCUUUUCGUGGCACCGUUCGUUACUGCUCGGUGAAUGUGCAUGCGGGAAAAGAACAGGGACGUCACGAUGAUCUUUAUGGACUCCUCUACACAAUGAUCGAAACAACGACUGGAACACUUCCAUGGAAAGGAUUGGCACGAGUUGAUUCUGCAAAAUGUAAGCAAAGAACUUCCGACGCUGUUUUGAUGAAGGACUGCCCAAGCUCAUUUGCUGAAUGGAUUUCAAUGUUGAAGAAACUCAACUAUACUGACACUCCUCCAUACGAAAAGAUUCGGACUGCUCUUGCCAAAAACAUCAAGGAUCUAAACGUGAAAAUGACUGAUGACUACGAUUGGGACAAAAUCAGCAAAAACGAGAAAAAGCAAAGCAAGGAUAAGCUGGACUUGUCUAUCAAGGAUGCUGCUGAAAAAGAUAGGGGAGGAGACAACGAUACGAACAGAGAUGUUGACGAGUCAGUGUUCACUGAGACCAGCGUGAAUAACUAUGAGGAGGGUUGCGCAGAAGAAGACACACUUGAUCAAGCACCAGAUCGCAUGAAGACCGAGGAGGCGGCGGACAACAUGAAGAGUGCCGAUCGU